AUGCGGGGGCUGGGCAGCGCGAGUGGCUCCGCGGGCCGCGUAGCGCUGUCCCGGGAGGACAAGGAAGCCGCCAAGCUGGGGCUGUCAGUGUUCACGCACCACCGCACCGACAGCAGCAGCCGAGCUACUUCUCCAGCCGCAGCCAAAAGGAAGCCGCGCGUGGAAGACAAGGCCGACCCCGGUGCGGAGAGCCACAAGAAAAGCAAGAAGGAAAAAAAGAAAAAGAAGAAGAAACAUAAGAAGCAUAAGAAGAAGAAAGACAAAGAACACAGGAAGGAUGCUGAGGCUUCCUCCUCCUCUCCCUCUCCCACUCGGCCCAGACGCCGGCGCCAUGAUUCUGACUCCUCUUCCCCCAGCUGUAAGAGAAGGAAACGGGGGCCUAGCGGAGGCUGCAGAAAGAGCCCACCCCACAGACGGCCGAGCAGAGGCUCAGAUGACUGAGUGUGGACUGAUACCCACCAGAGCUCUGGCUGGCUGCUUUGUGCUUGGUUACCUGCGGACCUGCCUAG